GCAUAACAGUGACGGCUCGGCCCUCACUCUUCCAUCUGUACAUCUUCCAUCCCUUCAUCAUCCACCAGGAGAACAGUGUGGCCCAGUACAACAACAGCACUCAGGUACCGUAUCGGAAGUGUUGUUGCUACGUUGAACACCGGUGCGACAUCUCACUUCAACCAACUGGCACGGGUGGAAAGUUGAAUUCAUUAACAGAUUUUUGGCCGUAGCCAUGACGACAGACUCCUCACUCCUCAACUCCGAGCUGGACUUAGAGCAGCAAGAGGAGCUGUAUCAACAGCUGCUGUUACAGACCGUGGGAAAGAUGCAGACUGAAAACCCAGACUCCAAAGUAAUCCGACCACAACCUGGCAUGUGCGUGAAGACUGUCUCAGAGCCAGGCAAGCAGAAGGUCUUUGUCAACAUCUGUCAGUCAAACUCCGUCCCGCUGCCACCUGAACUCUCCAGAGAGGAGCUGGUGGAGCUGCUCCAGUCAGAAGAUCCAAGCGGCUUCAGAGUUCCCAUGAGCCUCGGCGAGCCACACGCAGAAGUAGACAACAAUUCUCAGGGUUGCACAGCAUAUGAUGUGGUCAUCAACCAGGAGUUCUUCCAGAAGUGCCAGAUGGAUCCCUUGUUCCAGCAGUUUGUUAUCCUGGUGUCUUUAGAGGGUUUGGAGAACAAAUACAAUCUGGAGCUAAGUAGAGACUGGAAGGUGCUGAAAAACAGAAAGUUCUUGGGUUCUGUUAGCGAGCAAAACAUCCGGACGAAGAGCAGGCCAGUGAUUCAAGAGCUGCAGCCUCAGGAGAGCUCCACUGUUACAGCCAAAAGACCAGAGUUCACCUUGCUUGUAGAGCCCCCUGCUGGUGAUCCAGAGUACCUCAUUGCAGAAAUAAACCUACCCGGAGUGCCGUCGUCUCGCUCUCUGGUUCUGGACGUCGGAGAGGACCGCCUGGUGGUGACGGCUCGGCCCUCACUCUUCCAUCUGGACAUCUUCCAUCCCUUCAUCAUCCACCAGGAGAACAGUGUGGCCCAGUACAACAACAGCACUCAGAUACUUACAGUCACUAUGCCCGUGGUGUCUUCAUGAAACUGCGUAAAUAACGUCCAGUUAUUUAUUUUUUUGUUCCAAAAUGUCGCUGUCAUAAUUAAAGUGUGUUUUUUUUUUAUAAAAUCA